AUGAUGUCACGGGUACUCAAAUUGUCACUCCUGGUGGGUGCUAUUAUGGCUAUAGCACCUAAUAACCCAGUACGGACCGUGGUAGCGUUCUCUGUAAUUGGUUAUUUGAUAACGUAUCUGGUGAUACCGAGAGUAGGUCCAAGUUUUGUCAAAAUAGGACUCAAGGGAAGAGACUUGUCAAAACGUCCACCAAACCCUGAGCUACCGGAAACAAUGGGGUUGGUUGCGGCAACCACGUAUUUGUUUCUAAUGUUUGGAUUGAUCCCUUUCAUAUUCUUCAAAUACCUCGUGUCGUUUGGAUCUUUAGCCAACGAUGAAGUCAUGUCAGAGAACUACAAAACGCAAUAUCAGUCUAUAAAAGACAACAAGUUGUUUCCCCAUAACAAGCUAGCAGAAUAUUUGAGCGGCAUUUUGUGCUUGCAAAGUACAACUUUGUUGGGAUUAUUGGACGAUUUAUUUGACAUUCGCUGGAGGCACAAGUUCUUUUUACCCGCUGUUGCAUCCUUGCCAUUAUUGAUAGUAUACUAUGUCGACUUCAGUGUGACCUCAAUUGUGAUUCCCAGCUUUGUUACAGAUUUCCCCAGUGGUCUGUACUUACUCAGUGUUGUAAACAGCUUUGUUAAAUUUUCAAAUCACUUGGUCACCAGCAUCACAGGAUUGUCAUUCCGAACACUACAAACUGAUUACGUUGUACCAGAUCAAAUCCCCAAGUUGAUAGAUUUGGGGAUAUUUUACUACGUAUACAUGUCUGCAGUAUCAAUCUUUUCUCCAAACUCCAUCAACAUCUUGGCUGGGGUCAACGGUUUAGAGGUGGGCCAGUCUGUUGUUCUUGCUUUGAUAUUCUUGGUUAAUGAUUUCUGUUAUCUACUUUCUAAUAACAUCUCACAAGCUGCACAUGACUCGCACUUGUUUUCAGUCAUUUUCGUUGUUCCAUUUCUUGGAGUUUCGUUGGCAUUAUUACAAUACAAUUGGUUUCCUGCUCGUGUGUUUGUUGGAGACACAUAUUGCUACUUCAGCGGUAUGGUUUUUGCAAUUGUAGGAAUUUUAGGACACUUUUCAAAAACGUUGAUGCUAUUUUUGAUACCGCAGGUGAUAAAUUUCAUGUACUCAGUGCCGCAAUUGUUCCACAUCAUCCCAUGCCCGAGACACCGGUUGCCAAGAUUCAAUGCAGAGGAUGGGCUCAUGUACCCCAGCUUUGGCAACUUAGAAAAGCCAACUUGGUUGAGUACUUCAAUAUUGUCGAUUUUGGACGCCUUCAAAUUUAUUAAGCUAGAAAAAGAUCCUAAACUGGGAAAGAUAAAACGCUUUUCCAAUAUGACAAUCAUCAAUUUGUGUUUAGUUUGGUUUGGUCCAAUGAGAGAGGACAAGUUAUGCUUGCUUCUUUUGGCUAUUCAAUUCAUUGUCGGUCUUUGCAUGAUUGUAUUUCGACACACAGUGGGUCCAUGGUUAUUCGGUUACGAUAAUUUGUCGUGGGGAGUAAAAUAA